AUGUCGCAGGAUCUCAGAGUCCUUCGACGCAGGCUAGUAGUAGCAGCACUGAUCAUAUCCCUCAUCAACUGCAACCACCACACCGCCUCCGCCAUCCUCGUCAAUCGCACAAUUGACGAUCAGUUCGGCGACCCUAUCACUGGUACAUACCCUACCUACUCUCCCGCGGAGGACUGGCAACCCGGCGCCAACUGCUCAGACUGUUCUGUACGACCAGAUGUUACCAGGGCUUUUGACGGGACAUGGCACGACUCGACCUAUUACCCCGGUGAUUCGCCGCGAACAGUGACGGUGACGUUUACCGGGAAUGCCGUGUACGCCUUCUUCAUAACCCCGCCCGUUUUGAAUGCGUCUUUGACGACCGCAACGUAUCUAAAUUUCACGCUUGACAAUGAGCUCAGCGAACGGCCCUUCAAUUUCAUUCCCUAUGGAUCCGAUACAUAUACCUAUAAUCAGACCGUCUACAGCAAAACAAAUCUAUCGAACAGCCAACAUACGUUGGUGAUGUCGACGGGGGGUUCCCAGGCCGGGUUGUUGUUAUUCGACUAUGUAAUUUACACAGUUGACACGAGCAAUACGACGACGUCUUCCGAGUCCUCUGGAGGAUCUUCAAAGACAAAAUCACCAAACAUCGGAGCCGUCGUUGGCGGCGUAGUCGGCGGUGUAGCCCUGCUCGUUGCUCUCGCUCUGCUCACCUUCUUCUACAGAAGGAAGACGACGAAACGCCACUCUGAAGUAGACCCACCCACACGGGAACAUCGAGAAGAAGGCCAAUUUCCAGCGGACCUAGUCAUCCCCUACGCCGUGGAUGACUCUGACAUACAACCCACCACCACCACAUACUCGCAUUCAAAGUCUAGCAGGCCAAGCCAACAUCCAACCAUUUUCUCAGCCCUUUCCUCCGACCCCCCAACAAGUCCUUCCAACACCGCUCUUUCACACAGCACCAAAGCCCUCGCCGAGGCUAGGCAGGGAGAUAUUAAUAGGAGGAUGGAAGCGGUGGAACAACAAAUUCGGACACAGGCGCCGCGGUCUGGUGGUGGCGAGGAAGAGGAUUGGAGGACGACGGCUCAGCAUCUUAGAGCGGAAAUUGGGAGGUUGGAAGUGGCGUUGCAGAGUCAGUGGGCGCAGGGACAUUCAAGUAGGACAUUUUCCCCGUAUUUCAAUCUGGUACUUCCCAUCUCGUUCAUGAUCAUGCUCGACUUCUCAACAAAACGUUUUGAUCUUUAUUCUAUCCGCAGCUGGUACCGACCCGAAAAAUUCACGAGACAAUGGCCUCCUUCUUAUCUUGGUAUUUUGACCCCAACACGAGGCUCUCAUUGGGACCUAAAACCCACCUAA